CUCAUUUCCAAAAUUGUUCAGGGUUCCUAAAAAUAUUUUAGGGGGGGGUCAUCCGACACCUAGGAACCCUCGUCAUCACCUAUGCUUUAUUGUCAAAAGUAAAAAGUUACUAUAAAAACGGGCAAUUAAGCCUCGAAUGCUCUGUGACUUGGCAUCGUGACGUCGUGGCUGUUAAGAACAUUCUGCUGAAAGGACAUGGACAUUGCUGAGACUUCCGAUACCGGAGGCGACUUGGGGGGCGAUCAAAAGAUUGCUGAGGCUGCCGAAUCAGCCGUUGCUGUCGUUGAAGCAGCCGCUUCUACUGCCGCCAACGUGGAUAGUGAUGUAGAAAUGUUCGAAUACGACCAGCAGCCAGCUGAUCAUGCUGUCUAAUCAGCACAAUGCAAACAAAACAAAAAAAAAAACAAAUGUAAUAUUAGUUUUAAAGGCUAUCCCAAACAUGUGGGCAUAGUAGCGUAGCAAAAGGUUGACUCCCCAUUUGGUUGAUGUUGACUUCGCAGGAAGUAACGGGUGUUUUUUGAUAUGAAAAAUACAUAGGUGUUUCUUUCCCAUCUAGUCGUUUUGAGCACAAAAUUAAUAAAAAUUACGAAACGUUAUUGAUUUUGACAUCGGAAUGUUGGCUGCCGUGUAUGUCAAGAAAAGGGAAACAAAAUUUUGUUUACAUUUCAAAUAUGCAUUUACAACACAGUUGGCAGUGAUAACACUGAUAAUAAUUCUUUUUUUUCAUUCGAUACAUCCUUUUGUUUUACUGUGAAAUUUGUGUUUAUUUCUGAUUUUAUUUUAAAAUAAACGAAAAUUUUCAAAACGUCACAGUUAGAGCUCUAAGUUUCACAAUAGUUUAAAAUACUCCUUGCCUCGUAUCAUACAAUCGAAUGUUCACUAAAUUCGUGCCACUGAUUAAGUAAGGCAAAUUUCAAUUAUGAUUUAAAAAGAGAAAUUAAAUAAAAUAUGAUUAGUGUCUUGAAUAAUUUAUUCAAUUACUACAACAGAGCAGAGAAAUGCAUUUUCUAAUAUUUCACUUCGAUAUUGUGAAUUUUAGUUUGUCCAAAAAAUGAAAGCAAGAGAAAAGACGAAAAUUAUCAAUGACAACGGAAUGGUUGAAUACGCGAAAUAGGAAACCACAUCUUUUUCUAAAAAGUUUGCGAUAUGGCGAAAAGUCUCAAAUUGGAUGUAAACAACUGUUACUUGUAUAUAUGUAUAUUGUAUAUAUGAGCUGCCUUUGUGAACGAGCCGUCAUACUAUCAUUACCAACUUCACAUUAUACAUUGACAACUAAUCUGAAGUUAAUAAAAAUAAUUUACAAUAAAAGUCAAACGUUGAAUAGUCCGGUAAAUAUAUAUUCGACAAGUUAACAUAAAAGAGAAGGAGUAGCCUUAGUAGUAGCAAAUAUAGGAAUAAAUUUAUUUCUAGUCAAAAUAAGGAGAACGAAAUUUAAAAGUGAAUAACCAUGAUACACGAUAUAAUUUUGUGCCUUCUUGAUCCAACUCCAGUCAAUACAUCGAUGACAACAUAUUUGCGUGUAUAUGAUGAUUAUUUUCAUCCGAGCGAAAUUCAAAUGUUGAAGGAAAUUUUAAAAUGUGCGAAAAUACAUCAAGUUAUUAGACAAUUCAUUACAAAAUAUUCAUCGAGAGCUGUUGCAAUAUUAUCUGUGAAUGGCGCAGUUCAAGCACGUAAUGGAAUCUACCUUGAAUCAUUUGCCACUGCAGUGGACUCGUCAUUGGAUCCAUUUCGUAAUAAAAUGCUUGAGCUUGAAAGAGAAUAUAUCAAAAAUGGACAUUUAUCUAUAAAUUAUUUUCUCACACAAAUCAAAGAAUACCAGACAUUUUUUCACUUUUUGGAACAAUUAAUUAAUGAAAUUGAGACACAAAAACUACACGGUUGCGCUAUUUUGAACCUUUUACAUAAAUACAAUCACCAUGCGGAUCCAAAGUGCUUAACUUCACUUAAAACCAUUAGACUUUCGGUCUACGCAGUGUUUCUUCGCCAACUUUCACAAUGGCUGAUUUAUGGUCAAAUUGUUGAUAUUUAUGCAGAAUUCUUCAUUAUACAUUGUAGUAGUGGCAGCGAAAGUAAAAAUACAGCAGUAACUACAAUAACAACAAAUACGGUACUUUCAGAGAGAGCCAGCACAAGAUCCGAAUUACAAUUUCAAAUAGCAUAUGAUAUGGUUCCCUGCUGGUUCCCUGCGUCAUGGGCUGAAAAUGUGCUGUUCAUUGGUCAAACCGUUCGUAUGUUAGUUGAUGAUCCACGGAAAAUACAGAAGAAAAUGUCUAUUUGGAACGACGAAGAUGAAUAUGCAACCAUGGAGUCACUUUGGAACAAAAGAGAACAUAUAUAUUUUAAUAAGAUUCAGAAGCUUUACAAUUGUAAUAGCAUUGACAAUGGUUCUUAUGAAUAUGUUGUACACGAAAUUAAACAGUAUGUUACUGUAAGGUUGUCGGAAAUUGCGUUCAAUCAAGCGGAUUUGAUCAAACACUUGAAAUUAUUCAAAGACUAUUAUCUACUCGGACGCGGAGAACUUUUCUUGGAAUUUUUAAUGCAACUGAAAAAUAUUGAAACCAGUAACGGUGUCACAGAGAAUUUGGCACGGGAAGUUAACCAAGCUUUUCAAAAAGCUCUGAAUCGAACAUCAAUUGACACUGAUCAAAUAGCUGUUUCCUAUAUACCUUGUGCAUACUUUAUUGAUUCCGAUGAUGAUAUCAUACAAAAAAUCCUAAAAUCAGUUCGUUUGAACUUCAACGUAAAAUGGCCAUUGCACUUGUUUUUUUCACCCUCUCGAGUGAUUGAACAGUACAAUGAGUUGUUUGGUUUUUUGUUGCAAAUACGACAACUACAAAAUGAACUCCAUGAUGUUUGGCGUUUGCAUAGAGACAACAAGAUAGCAGGAAAUUCAAUGAAAUCACAACUACGAAACAAAAUGUUAUUUUUUAUCGAUAAUUUGCAAUACUACCUGCAGGUAGAUGUCGUCGAAUCUCAGUUCAGCAUAUUAAUAAAUGCAGUGCAGAAUUCCAAAGAUUUUGAGUUUAUACAACGGUCACACAACAUCUUUCAAGCGAACGUGAUGAGUUUGUCGUUUUUACUGAAUUCCAUUACUGAUGAUGCGUCGAAUGACACAUGUCAAUCACAAAAUACAGUACUGAGAAUUUUGAAUAAAAUUUUCAAAACAGUCAGAAAAUUUUGCAAGUUUAACGAAAACACAAGUGAUCAAACGUCCACAGAGACGCAUCAAGUUAUAGAAAUAUUUGACGAACAGUAUUCAAAUCAUAUAAAGGAACUACUAAGCUUGUUGAGCAGCAACCGUACAGCUGGUCCACUCUCUCAACUUUUACUUCGUUUGGAUUUUAAUCAUUGGUUUAGCUCGCACACUGUUUAAAAAAACCACAUCACACACAUAUUCAAUAAUUAACAAUAAAAAAAUUGAAAACUAUA